AGAGGCAGGCGAGCAGGCAGGCAGGAGCCAACAAAAAAGCCGUCUGCUCUCAGGCUGACUUGUUAAUCAAUCUUGCGCCAGCUGGCUUCUGAUUGGUCCCGCCGAAAGAUGCGAAAUGCGCGCAGCAGGCUGUGUGGAGAUGACAACCUGGGAGCCAGCGCUGAACCGUGUGGUGGUCUUCCAGAAGGGACGUCUGUUUGGUUGUCGCUGAAAUCGCCCACCGAUCUUAAAGUGAAAAUCCAUUACUCUGGAGGAAUAAUGAACUGCAGGAGUGCAUGCUGUAACCACUGGUCAUCUGAGGAGAGGUUGGAUGGGAAAACAGUGGUCAUCACCGGAGCCAACACCGGUAUCGGCAAAGAAACAGCCAGGGAUCUAGCAAGAAGAGGCGCCCGCAUCGUUAUGGCGUGCAGAGAUGUGGAGAGGGCCGAGGAGGCGCGGGCGGACAUCUUGGAGGACACGGGCAAUGAGGACAUCGUCAUCAGGAAGCUGGAUCUGUCCGACACAAAGUCCAUCAGAGCUUUUGCUCAAAUUAUUAUCAAAGAGGAGAAGCAAGUGAAUAUCUUGAUAAACAAUGCAGGCAUCAUGAUGUGUCCUUAUUCCAAGACUGUAGAUGGCUUUGAAAUGCAGUUUGGAGUUAAUCAUUUGGGUCAUGUCCUCUUAACCUACCUGCUGCUUGACCUCAUCAAAUGUUCAGCUCCGGCCCGCAUUGUAGUCGUGGCAUCGGUGGCCCACACUUGGACUGGCCUUCGACUUGAUGACAUCAACAGUGAAACGAGUUAUGAUGCUAUGAAAGCUUACGGACAAAGCAAACUGGCUAACGUCCUGUUUGCACGCUCUCUUGCCAAACGAUUACAAGGAACUGGCGUCAGUGUCUUUUCUCUGCACCCGGGAGUGGUCCAGUCUGAUCUGUGGCGACACCAGCAUCAGUGCAUACAAGUAGCAGUGAAGAUCUUCCGGAUUUUUACCAAGACAACAGUGGAGGGAGCACAGACCACCAUCUUUUGUGCUGUGGAACAAGGCCUGGAGAGCCAGAGUGGAAACUAUUUCAGUGACUGUGCGCCUGCACGCUGCUCAAGGACUGCUGCUAAUGAUGACUUGGCCCAGAGGCUGUGGGAGGUGAGCUGCGACAUGCUUGGCAUCACCUGGCAGUGAAGAGCGGCGGAUUAACUACGUGUCAUACAUAUCACAUGUCAAAAGCACUGUUACGCACUUUUAUGAAUCUAUGACUCGUUUGGAAAUUUUGGCUGUUCUGAGUGAAGUUGACCGUGAAGUAAUGAGGACUGCUCCAAGUUUUUCUUUCAUUUUAUGUCAACAAAAAGAAAUCACAUGUUGAGUUUAAUCAGGAUUUACUGAAUUAUUUCUGAUGUAAAACCUUUUAAAGCAUUCCAGAUACAUAGACGUUCUAAGUAUUUAUUUGUUGUGGAUCUUGUACUAAAACGGUGCUUUGACAUGAGAAUAAGUCAACCAGUAUGUUAUACUUUAAUUUAGUUGAAUUAGACCUGAGCUGCUAAAGUCAUUUCAUGUUAUUGCUGUUUAAUUUUGCAAGUCUUUAUUACUAAGAUGGAAUGUAGCAUUUGUUUAGCUAUAUUGCAAGAAAGUUUGAACAAACUCAAAAAUGCUGUCAUGAGGCUAUUUACUCUGUGUUUUUAUUAUUUACAUCGUUUACAUGUUAGUUGACUUCAAAGAAGAUUCUGUGAAUUGUUACUUAAACAUGUUACUGAUGCUAAUUCCUCAAUAGAUACGUACAUAAAUAGUCUAAUUUUUAAAGAGUCAGCAAGGAUAGAUUCCCCUGAGGGUAGAACGUGUUGAAAAUCUUCCUCUGUUAGAAUCUUUGUUCCCUUUGUAAGGCUCUCUGUACAUCUAUUGAUCAGUAAAAAUCCAAUCCAUGUAAACAGUUUUAUAUUGAACUGUACUUUGCAUCUGGUUUAUUCAGACAUUCUGCAGUUUUCCUCUCAAAAGAAGGCAAAGUAACAUCAGCGAAAUGCACGAGGGAAAUAAUGGGUUGCAAAAAAAAAAUAAGCUUAUAAAGUGUCAGCCUGCUGUGUAACAGGAUGACAUCUUGUACAAUGUUUUUUGACCAACAUUUAUUUAUUUAUUUUGAACAGACAAAAAGUAAACUCUACAACAUUU